AAAAUGACGUUCACUUGCGAUCUGUCAACGCCUAUGAAGUCAUAGCAGGUGUGGUUAUAUUUUUGUAGCGUUACAGCAGCGAUUGAACAUCUUGAGGAUAGCCGCAUGUGGUGACUUCAGUUAUGAAUCAUUGGCAGUUUGCUUACUAACUCACGAGGUCUGAACGUCACAGUUCUUGCGUUUUCAGUUGCACGAACGAUAUUGUGCUAUAUGCAACUGUAAAUAGUGGGAGAAGGAAGCAUUAUAAGAUAAUAUGGAGCUGGCACGAAAAGAUCACAUUGUUAUGACGCCAAAAUGCAAAACUACUGAUUCAACAACCCUUGCGAUUGAACGUAGGGCAGUUCCUUUGGAUGAUACCAAGAAUGACAAAAUACAUGUUGCUGGUGGUGACCACCAGGGAAUCAUAAUUAAUAAAGAACUGGCAAAGGAUGCGGAUGAUAGCCCAGCACAGCUGUCCCUGGAGUUCAGGGUGUUCCUCGUGAAUGCCCAGACAGGCAGCCAUACACGCGAGAGCCGUACGCUGCACUAUUGGUUCGCAGAGGAGCUGCCAGCGGCGGAGCGUCCGUCUGUGGCUCAGCUGUUCUUCAGGGAGCUGGUCAGCCCACAAGAAUUUCCCAGGGAUUAUGUUGGUUUCAUCAAGAAAGUUAUGAAACUGCUGCAGCAUGGAUUUACUGGUAUCCGGAAAGUGGAAGUCACUCUAAAGCAGCUUGGUACAUCUGACCAACCUCCGCCUUCAGCUAGACCCUCUCAAGACGGGGUGUUGGUCAUCUCCCUAGGACCGACUACACGCCCUGUGUCAGUAUCUGCAGAUGAGAGCACACUGGGUGCCGUCGCUCCGCUCACAGAAGAACGCAUCAAAGAACUGCUGGAAUCUUCGUUUCCGAACCCGGUGACUGCGGUGGAGCUGGCGCGUUCCAACGGCUGGUCCGAGGAGGAAGUGCAGGCGCAGUUGUCACAGCUGACGGAGAAGGGCAUUGCCAAGGCUCUCGAGCACGGUGCAUACACGCGCGCAGUUGCUACCAAAGUGCAGGUCGUGCGUAACAUGCCGGCCAUGGUGCAGUCCAAGCAGCCGACAAUCGCCAUCAUCACCGCACAGUACUGUGAGAAGUUGGCAGUGGACUCCAUGCUAGAUAACCGGGAAACCUUUGUACGGUACACAACAGUCGGUACAUUGGCGAAAGACCCUGUGACUGGCAAGUCGGUGAGCUUGAAGCGUUUUGGAGAAUCAAAUGUCUACACAUUGGGCAACAUUGGAGCACACCGUAUCGUAUGCACAAAGUUGCCAACUGUCGGCCACACACGGGAGGCCAUUACUGCUGCGGGAAACACAACAACCAGGAUGCUGGGGACUUUCCAGAAAGUGGACCAUGUGUUUUUGGUCGGUGUCGGAGGUGGAGUGCCUCACUACACGGACUACAGGAGGCAUGUCAGGCUCGGCGAUGUUGUCGUCUCGCAUCCUGUUGAUGGCAAGAGGUCAGUUUAUGUCUAUUGUGAGAAUGCUGCAUUAUCGGAGUCUGGUGGGGCAGAGUUUGAGAUAAAGGAAUAUUGCCCAAACAACAUGGGACUGCAGGAGAUUGCUGCCCAGCUGCAGGCAGAGGCAGAAUCCCGGGAUGAACCACCGUGGAUGCAGUUGAUGCGGGAAGCAAUAAAUUCGUUGCAGUCAGAGUCCGAACACGAUUUCUCUCAGCCUCCCGCUGACUCAGAUAAGCUGUACAUGGCUAUUGGAGAACGGGAUCUCAUAGAAGUGGCCCAUCCAUCCCCACAAGAAGGUGCUGAAAAUCACAGGCGGAAAGGCUGUCCGUGGCUCCACCUGUCUCCUGUUGCGUCCGGGCGGGGCGUAGCUCGCGAUGAAGCGCUGAGGCAGCAGCUGGCCCACGAGACGGGGGCACUCGCAUUUGACUCGGAGUUUGACGCAGUGCUCGAUGCCGUGACUGGGUCGUGCAGAGACAGCUUCCUCGUAGCGCGCGGUAUUGCUGACUACCGCGACGGCGGCCGUCCAGGGGCAGCAGGCUCCCAGUGGCAGCCAUAUGCCGCCCUCGCGGCUGCAGCGGUUGUGCGCUGCAUCGUCGAGAGAGUCCCAGCUGUGUGUGACUAGCAUCUGUACUGAGAGACAACUAUCUUUGCUGGUAAUUUAUUUCAUUAGUCAGUCCAAGACUUCAUUCAAAUUCCUAAUUUUUAUAGAACUUGUUUUGGUCAUAUAGAGAAUAAACUUGGUUUAGAGUUUUAUUUAUUAAUUAUGCAUGAUCACUAGAAAUUACAUUGUAGGACUGUGGUCCUUAAUCACAGCUAUGUGGCUUAAGUUGUUAUAUUUGCCACAUUGUUCGUUUUAUUGAAGACUAGUUGUUGCAUUUAAUUGUAAAUUCAAUACUGGUAACUAAUGCUGAGUUUCUUAAAGAAUAUUCAUUAGUGUGUGUGUGUGUGUGUGUGUGUGUGUGUGUGUGUGUGUGUGUGUGUGUGUGUCUGAGUCUAAUAGGGAUAGGUAUUUUUUGAUAUUUUAAGACUGUGCUGCUCAUCAUAAUUUGCUGUGAAGAGAUCAUCUUACUUCUAUGAUACUUAAAAAAAAAAAAAAAAACAUCCUCCUGUCCAAAUAUGUUGUUCCUACUGUCACAUACAAAAAUGAUCUGUGUUGUAUUGUCUUCACUUGACUGGCCGGAGAGAUAUAAUUAUAUUUUCCCAAGUUCAUUUUGCAUGUACUCUCUUCACAGCUGUGUAGUUUAUUAUAUGCAUGCUGGAUUUUUUUUAUUUUGUUAAUAAGUAUACUGUCUCCUGUUUCUUUUGGGAACAGUAUGUUUUAUUAGAGGGAACUGUUACGGCAGAUAUUGGUCCAUAUUUUAAUAUAGGGUAGAGUAUACGUCAUGAAGAGGAAAGUUAGAAGUACAGAUAAUAUUGUUAUAUAAGUUAUAAGGUGUGCCAGGAUGUAAUUGUAAGGCAGCAAUGUGUAACUGAGGUGCUAACAUUAGACUGGACUAGUACAGUUACAACGAAUGUUUCUUCAAGUUCCGUGCACCCCCCCCCCCCCCCGCCCCCCC